AUGUUAGAAAUCAUUUCAACAUUUUUUUCUCAUCAUUUUCUUUCAGAGUCAAUCAAUUUCAACCAUCACAGUGUAAUUGAGCCGAAAAUAAUUCAUGGAAGAGACAAACGCGCGUUAGAAAAUACUCUGGAAAAGAAUGGUUUACAUGCCACCCACAUUCAUCUCAUUUAUGAACACAAUAACAAAGAUGUGAUAUUAGACUUACACUUGAACGAUAAUUUAAUACCAGUAGAACAUUUUAUAAGCUAUCAACAGCCGAACGGUGAUAAAGCGAUAAAAAACUUCACAAAGACUGAAAUCGAUCUGUGUAACUAUCAAGGCAAAAUACGUCACAAUCAACACUCAACCGUUGCUAUCUCCACAUGCAAUGGAAUACGAGGCGUCGUCUUUGACGGCUACGAUACUUACUACAUUGAAAAUGAUUCGAAUGGAUCAGAUCGGAAACAUUUUCUGAUACAACAUUCAGACCUGAAAAAUGAUCACAAAUGCGGUUACGAAGGCGGCAUUAAUCGAACGCACGAUGUGACCCUUCACGACACAACGGAAUUCAAUCGAAUCAUGAGAUACAAACGAAUGGCAGAUGGAAGUCAAAGUCAAAUUCGUGGACCAUACAACGCUAAUAAAGGUUCAAGUUACGUUGAACUUGUCUUGGUUGUUGACAAUAAAGUUUUCAAAUCAUUGGACAAGAACUUUACGAAAGUUCAUCAACAUUGUAAAGAUAUUGCAAACAUCAUAAAUGCGCUUUACAAUCCUUUGAACAUCUUUGUGGCGUUAUUGGGUGUUGUAAUUUGGUCGGAACAGAAUUUAGCUGAUCUAUCAAGUGACGGCGAUAAAACUUUAAGAAGUUUCUUGAAUUAUCGUAAGAAAUAUCUCGUAAAAGAACAUCCAAAUGACAACGCUCAGUUGUUAACUGGCGAAGUGUUCGAAGGCGGCGUUGUUGGAAAAGCACUGAAGGGCCCAAUUUGUACAUUUGAAUUCUCUGGCGGUGUGUCAAUGGAUCAUAGUAAGAUUGUGGCAAUUGUAGCGACAACAAUUGCACAUGAAAUGGGACACAACUUUGGAAUGGAACACGACACAGAUGACUGCACAUGUCCUGAUGAUCGUUGUAUUAUGUCAUCGUCAAGUUCUUCUGUUGCACCAACUCAUUGGAGUUCGUGCAGCAUUGACCAACUCAAUCUCGCUUUCCAUCAUGGAAUGGAUUAUUGCCUUAAAAAUAAACCAACAAAGAUAUUUGAAUCGCCAAUUUGUGGCAAUGGAUUCGUUGAAUCUGGUGAAGAAUGUGACUGUGGAUUGCCACAAUUUUGUAACAAUUCUUGUUGCAAUCCUUACACUUGCAUGCUGUAUUCAAAUGCAACUUGUGCAACGGGAAGUUGUUGUGACUUGACGACAUGCAAACCUCACACAGCUGGAACAAUUUGUCGAGAAGCAUUUGGUGAAUGCGACCUUCCUGAAUACUGCACAGGUGACCACGAGUUCUGUCCAAAUGACGUCUUCAAACGUGACACAGAAAAAUGUGAAGAUGCUUUUUGUUAUCAAGGUUCAUGUCGAUCACAUAAGCAUCAAUGUAAAGUUCUUUGGGGUCCAUCGGGUGCAUCUUCAGAUCAAUGUUAUGAGAAGAACACAAACGGAAGUCGUCAUGGAAAUUGUGGAUAUGAUCGACUUAAGCAAGAAUAUAUCCCAUGCAAACAUGACGAUGCUUUGUGUGGGAUGCUUCAGUGUCGUCAUUUAAAUGAACGAUUAGAAUUUGGAAUGGAAUCUGUUGCAAUUUUAUCGCAUUCAUUCAAGAAUUAUCGUGGAAGUAUCGUGCCAUGUCGAACAGCAAUUGUUGAUCUUGGACUUCAAACUGUUGACCCGGGAUUGACGCCUGAUGGUGCAGAAUGUGGCGAUAACAAAAUGUGUGUAAAGCAAAAGUGCCUUUCAAUUGAAGCUCUCAAGUUAAAUGGAAAAGUUCUCGACUGUCCCGAUUGUAAUGGAAAUGGCGUUUGCAACUCGAAAGGUCAUUGCCAUUGCUUUGACGGAUGGGCGCCACCUUUUUGUAGCGGUCCUGGUUUUGGUGGAUCAGUUGACAGUGGACCCGCUAGUGACCCAGAUAGCGGAAGAUUAUUCAACAAACUUAUGUACAUUUUCUUCAUUGGCGUCGUUCCUUGCUGCACAUUAUUUGCACUUUUCAUCUACUACUGGCGUCAGAAUAACUUCCAACUUAAAAGAAAGUCACCAAGUCUCCCACGGCCAAACAUUAAACAUCAUAUUACGAAAGGUUCAGGGUCACCACAAUCGCCAACUUUUGCUCCUUCUUCACCAAACACUCCUGACGAUAUAAGCUCGUCACUUUUACGACCAACCACAGACGUUGAAAAUAAUUACAUUUUUGGAAAGUUUAAAGGGUUUACAUUGAAGCCUUUGCCGAAUGCGAAUAAAGUCGCUUCAAAGACGCCGAAAGUAGCUUAUGUUCAUCCGGUGACAAAGAACGACGCUGACCUUCAUAUUGUGCCGGUAAGGGAAGCGCCGCCGCCUCCUGUUCCCAAGCAUGGAAUUAAUGCUACGAUUGAGAAAUUCAAUCACAUAAAUACAUCAACAAAUCCACCAGCACUUCCACCUUUAAACAAAGGUUCAACAGCUCGUCCAAUCAUCUCAAAUCCCAUCCUAGAAGCUUCGACUUGUGAUGCUAAGGAAGUGCCAGCAGUUGUGAAAUAUCCAACGAUUCGUCCAGCACCAACACCACCAAAAGUCGACCAAUUAAAAAGUGCUUUUGACGACAAUGUCGUACCGGAAGUUUUAAUUAAUCCGACAAGUACGAAUGUCGAGAAGAAACCUAAAGAUGGAACUUUAAGUCGAAUUCAAUCAUUUUUAAAGAAGGAUUCAAAUUCGAAAGUUGAAAAAGUUCAUAAACAAUUAAAAGCAAUUGAUAAAGAUAAACUGAAAGAUCUUCAAAUAUCAUCUCCGAUUCUCAUCAAUCAAGUUCCACUGAAUGAUGAAAAUGAAGACGAGAAAAAAGCAAAAAUAAAACGGGCUCAAUCAAUGCGAGAUCCACCAUCACCUCCUGUCUCAAAGCCUUUAAAUUCAUUUGGAUCGAUGCGACAACAACGUCCUAAAUCAAUUGUAGACCGUCCAACACUUCCCCCACCGCCGAGACCACCAGCGCCGCCAGUUAAACUCGCACCUUUAGCUUCACCAAUCAAAUCACCAAAUGAGUAUGACGACUGUGAAUGUCGAGAAAAUGGCACACCUGAUGACAUCUAUUCAGUGAUUGAUGAGCCACCAAAAUCACCACCCAAAGUAACAACUCAACAAGGAUCCAUUGAAAGUAUGGGACUGUUAAGUGAAAUUGUAAAUGAAAUUGAGAAUCGUAAUUUCGACUCUAAAUACAUUGCGUCAACACUUAAAAGAAAUAAGAAGAAGUUGGAUGAAACAUCAUCUGCAUAUGCCAAUGUUUCGAAAUCAGUUGAUGCAGAUGAUGCAACUGACGCUAUGAGUACAACAUCAAGUGGAUAUAUGAGACCGAUUGGAGCUCCAAUUGCAAGAAUUCCACCAUCACAAUCAGCAAAUAAAAUUCCUUCUUCGGCAAGUAGUAAUAGUACGAGUAGUUUUAAAACAGCGAAAGGAUCGAGUGGUUCGAGUGUAACAAGUCCGGAAGUUAAAAAUAUUAAGUUCGAAGGUCCGAUGAAGAAAAGUAACAGCGACUUAGGUAAGAAAUCAUCGCCAGAGAAUGAAGGCGGUUAUAAAACACCGACAAAUAAACCUUUGAAUGAUGACAAAAAAUCUUCCGAAAUUGGUCCACGAAGACCGUCUCUGAAGAAAACCGUUACACCUCCUUCAAUCACGUUAUCGAAGAAAGCAGUUGCAAGUAGUGACAGAAAAAGAAGUCCAAGUCCAACAAAAGUUUCAAAAGUUCCAUCGAAACCUAAAACAACUCAAAAGCCGGCAGUUGCGAAAACUUCUUUGACAUCGUCAACAAAAACUCCAUCAACAAAAACUUCGACAAGCAUUAGCAAUGGCAGUGUGAAAACUCCUCAAAUUGCGACUGAAACGACAAAGAAAACUCUGAAUGCAGUGGCAAAGAAGAAAUCAAAUGUGGCAGCUUUGCAGCAAAAGUUCGAAAGCUCGAACUCUUAAGACAGCACAGAGAUAAAAGAGCUUGCUUACUAGCCUUAUUGUUCAAUCGAAAUCUUUUCAAAUGUAAGGUAAAAGAUUUCUUUUCAUAGAUGAAAAACUUUCGUAGUGAAUGUUGAUGAGAAUUGAAUGCUUUUAGAGCAAAAAAAAGAAGAAAUUAAUGUGGCUUAAAAUGACGUCUAUAGAUUGAGAUAAAAACAAAGAAGUUCCAUAUUUUGGUAGAAUACUUUUUGAUUAUUGCCGAAAGCUUGAUUAAAAUUGAAAUCAAAUUAAAGCAGAUUUGAAAGUUCGCUAUAGCGAAGGUUAACUUUAGUUGUUAAGUGAAAAAUGGAACAGUUUGGGCGAAAACGAGUUUUUAUGGAUCCAAGAAUUAUGUGAACGAGACAGAAAGUGAAACACAAUUCUUUCUUUUCGUUCACUCCGAAAAAGCUCUGAAAAUCUUAAAAAAAUCUUGAAAUUUCGUUUCUGUAAUAUCCACAAAACAAAAUUAAAAUCAUUGAUGCUACACAAAUUUGUUACGAAAACGAGAAAAAUCUUUCUUUGUACUCCAGAGAAAAAUUAUAAGAUAAUUAAAAAAUAAAUCAAAACAUUCGAUUUUUCUUCAAAUAUUUUUAUCCAAAAUUCGUUGAGGAAAUAUUUUAUUUUCCUUUCUCUUAAGUGCUUUAAAAAAUUGUUAAGUAAUUUCGAUUGUUGUCUCAAGUUUAUUGUCACUAAAUGCAAGGUUAUUUAGCAGGUCUAUUAAAGAAUGUAAGUUUAAAUAUUAAUAGUCGUAAGAAAAAGUUAGAUAAGUUCUUUUACAUAGAUUUAAAAAAAUUCUUUCACAGAUCUACUUAAAUCAUGUAAUAGAUUUUAAUUUCUUUUGACUGCAAUGAAACCAAUCCAUCACUGCUUCUUGUAUUUUUAAGAUUAAACAGUUUUUUCAAAGCAGAAAAGGGAUACGAAGGUAGCUGUUACGUUUUGUAUAUAAACCAAAGAAGUAAAAGAAUGCGAAAUGAAAUAAAACUUUAUGAGUUUUCAUAAAAAGAAAUAUAACACGACAAGCUUUGAGUUUAAAUAAACCAAGAAAUUAUUUCAGGAAAAUAUCGAUUUUUUACAUUUAUUUGGAUAUGUUCGUAUGUUGAACGACACCACUUCAAUUCAUCACAUAAAACAGAACCAGAAGAUAAAGAUAAUGUCAACAUAAUUGAUCGCUACUAUUUACCAUAUGUCACAUUUUUAUCUCACCCACACGUCACUCAAUUAAAUCAUCAUUUACUCACUCAUUAUCAUAGCUUUAAUUGAGUCAGCAGAAGUAGAAAAAUGUGAUGUGAUGUUAUUUGACUCUGGCAUUGAAUAUUAAAAAUCGUCUGUGACGAGUUUCUAAAGACAUUCAGAUAAUUUGGAUAGAAUAUUGAAUGACAAAUUGUCGU